AUGAAGUGCAACCAAUUUAUUGUCAUUUUCUGUCGAAUGUUAACACGAAUAAAGCCUUCGGUAAAUAUUCGUUGUGUCUUAGUUCUAUGUGAGCUGUGCAUACACCUGAGUAGAACAUCUGGAAAGUCGCUAAGUGUUUUUUUUUGGAGCGCAACUAAAUGAAGGCGAAGAGUGGUAAUCGGGAGCUUUUUGAAUCGCUGUUGCGUUUUCCGAAGCGAGAUGUGUUUGACUGUGUGCCAUUGCAUUAUCUCGUUCUCAAGAUGAGUGGCAUGGGAUGUAUCACCCCCCGUGCUGGUGUCCGUAACGGUUCCACUAUGACGACGUUGAUAGAUAUUGGGUUGUUUGUGACGAAUCUAAUAUUAGCUGUGACCAUGAUGAUUUACGGCAUGUUCAUCACCCAGCGGCACAUGCAGUCACCGAUCAUGUUCAUCGGAUUGAAAAUGGUGAACUUCACCUGUUACGCCUCAACUAUUUAUGGAUUGAUCAGCUGCUUCAUCAAUCGGCAUGAUAUCUGGAAAUUCUACAACGAGGCAUACGCCGUUGAUAACAUGCUGGAAGAGCUAGGCGAACGUACAAAUUUCACGCGCAGCUUUGCACUGUUCGUUGCCUACUAUGGUACUGCCAUAGGGAUGUGCGUUCUAGUGAUCGCAGUAAUGUACAGCGAAAACCUACCAUGGAUGCUGCUGCUGAACCUUGGCUACUCUUACUUUAGCCUCACAACAUUUCACAUCCUCAGUUUAACAUGCCUCGAUGUCGUACGGGCGCGUAACGUACGUUUAAAUAAAGUUUUUCGGAAGCAGUUUUCGCUCGAGGGAGACGUUGCAGAUCCACCAGCGCUAACAGUCUACGACCCGAAGCAAACGCUGAUAUUGCGCCAGAUAAUGCAAAUAUUUGAUAAAAUUAGUGACCUAGCUGACAAGGGGAGCUACUAUUACGGUAUACAGGUAAAGCGGUACUAAAUGAAACCACGUAAUGAAGGAUGCCAUGCCAUAAUGAUACGCGUUUCCUUGAUCUUUCAUUUUCCAGAUUAUGGUCAGCAUUGCGGGCUCUUUUGUUUAUUUAAUGUUUUACACCUUUGCCUUCACACUCGUCAUCCGUUCCGUGUUACCUGCCGAGAUUGUGUUCAAUGCUGGGCCAAUAAUUUCAUACUCAAUGUUCGCGUACAAUGUAUUUAUUGUGGCUUUCUACGGAAAUGCACUGAAGCAGCAGGUAACGUGGAGGAAGUCACGAUUUAAUCAAAUUAAUAUGGCAAAAACAAAUACCCUGAGUUUUUCUAUUUUACUUUUCAGGGUAAAAUUACCGGGCAGCUGAUAGACAAGGCCAUCAAUUCCACAAAUAAUGCUGAAUUAAUUGAAAUGGUAUCUAGGCCACUGUCCCGCUCGUAACUCGAUGUCGUGUAAUGUGACCAGAAUAUUUUCCUACUCAGCACAUUCACCUCAUCUCUGUUGUGGCUUAGUUGUUUAGUAGUUAUUGUUUUAGUUUAACGCGCUCUCAUGAUAAUGCUUUUCCCAAUGAACUUUGUUUUUGUCGUUAGUGUGCACAGCUAUGUUUCGCUAGCACGUUUGAUUUUGUGCUUGUGUUUGGGCUUAUAAGCACAUUGUGUGAAAGCGUUAAGCUAACGUUAGUUUGAUUUGCUAUCGUUUGGUACAUUUGAAUGGCUUAGCAACGCGUAGAGCUUUUUGUUGCCUGUUCAUUCAAUUCUCAAACGAAUUGUAUCCUAUAUAGUCGUGCAAUAUUUUGCAGUUUGAGUAGAGUUCAUGUUGCCUUUAUGUUGGGUGUUUGGGCGUUCAAUAUCUGUUCCAGAUUCUUUGCACCGACACUUGACCAUACUGUCAAUGUUUUAGCCCUAUUGAAUCGGUCGAUUUGGUUUUUGGCACAUUGGGAAAUUGGAAAGCUGGUUGAAAGUCUGUCACACAACACACACAAACACACUCUUUGAAUGGGAGUAACCGGAUGGCGUCGCAGUAAAAUUGACCCUUGAUUGCUUAUCCAAUGCCAUCUAGCACUAUUCAAGUGAUGCUCAGUGCGAUGCUAUGAACUUUACAUUGAUUUUGUUUUGCUGUUGCACCAUUGCUUUUUGUCUUGUAAGAAGUUAUGUCCUUUUUUGCUGAUACCAUGUAUCUGGAAUUGGGUUCUUUUCAUGCUUCAUUGGUGAUGAUUGUUUGCUGUUGUUGUGAUUUGACGCAUGUCUAUGGCAUUACGUCGAUGUACAUUUUCGGAUGAGCGCUCCUGGAAACUGCUAAAACAAAUACACCCUCUCUCGUUUGACCUUAUCGUGUGCGACAUGGCGGAUGCUUCUGGCGAUUGCAAUCAUGCGGGUGCGCUGCUGAUAUGUGGCAGUUGCGUAUGUUUUUGAUGCAACUGGGCCAUCGAUCACCGAUGAUAACAUGCGGACUUUUUCCGUUCGACUGGACACUGAUUUUUUCGGUAUGUUUCAUGCACGAUGCCUUGUUAUUGCUCCUCAAACACGUUUUAACUCAAUUUCACCCACGCUCUAAUAAAAAAUGGUUCUUCCGUCAAAGCCACCGUCAUGCUGGUAGAUUUUCAUGGAUUUAAUAGGACAAAAACCAUAAAGUGUAGCAUUUGACAUCAAAACAUAAACACUCGAUCGAUCGUUUCAAUCAGCUGAAGCUCAAAACAGAGCAAGAAAAUGAAUAUAGAAAUCUUGACAAAACGCUAUUGUAUAUGUUGU